AUGCAACAACAAGAUAAUACGUCCCCUAAAAAACAACCAUCACCUGCUAUUGCUAACGCUUACAAUGGAUCUCUCGAACAAGCGUAUCUUUUGCUGGAUGCUAUUCAAAUGAACCGAGGCGAAAGAUUAGGUUCACGAUGCCUAGCCUAUCUCGCAAAACGUGUGACCGACUUGUGGGAUGCUGAACCAAAACCCGAACCUUUGCAUGGUGUCAUGAAUAGCCUAUUGGAUGCUACACCACCUCCACCAUCUAAAGGCGACCUAUCUUUUCAAGCACGAUUGGAGUCCUUUUGUCGUGAUACGAGUCCCACAUCAACCAUAUGUCCAAGUCUCACACUACUGAUGGCUAUUAGCUACCUUGAACGAUUAAAAGAGAAGCAUACAAGUAUCCGUGGUACCGAUGGAUGUGCAUCACGGCUGAUCGUGGCGGCUUAUGGUGUAGCAACAAAGUACAUACGAGCUAAUCUUCGGCUUAUCACCACCUCUCAUACCGCUGCUGCUGAUAGCAAUGAACCACCAACACCACCAACACCACCUACCCCAUCCACAUCAGAUACCAUUCAUAGCGACAAGGAUAUUGAAACCAACAGCAAUCAACGAGCUUUACGCAUGGAAAGUGAGCUUUUGCAUUUGCUCAACUACAACCUUGCCAUCCAUGAACCAUCCCAUUUAGUAUGGUGGUCAAAAACAUUCGAAGUAAUCCCUGAUGAAUAUUCUCACGUAUGA